UCCCCAUUUUCCAUUCCUUCGAAGUUCGAACAACCUCUCAAAGAACGAGGAGCACUCGCCGCUGCUGACACAUAACCCAUCGCUCGCCGCCGCUGCUGGAAGUCCUUGCUUGAUCCUGAUCGGAAGUCUAUUUGAGCAAACAUGGAUGACGACAGAAUCAGCAGUUUACCAGAUGAAAUCCUCUGUCACAUUCUCUCGUUCCUUCCAACUCAACAAGCAGUUCACACAAGCGUUCUUUCAAAGCGGUGGAUUCAUCUCUGGACCUCCGUCCCCGUUCUCGACUUCGACAAUCGAUUCCAUCCAUUCGGCUUCGAAAAUUUCAUACACGCAACCAUUCAAGCCAGAAAUCUGCAACAACCCAUCACAAGUUUUCGUCUCAAAUAUUAUCAGCUUCUUCAUCGUCGAUCUGAGGAUGUGAAGGCCGAUAUCAAUGCUUGGGUAAACACUGUUAUCGACUGCGGCAUCGAGAACCUUGAAAUCAGGAAAGAAUGGGAGCGCCAGCCUCUAUGUAAUUUCAUUAGUUUGAGCUGCAGAAUUCUCAGCUGCAAAACCGUAGUGGUUCUCAAUUUGGGAAGGGUAUCUAUAGCGGCUUCGUCUUCCGUUGAGCUUCCCUCACUCAAAUCCCUACGUUUGAAUCGCGCUGAAUUGAAAGAACCUCAAUAUCUUAUGGAGCUUCUUUAUGGGUGUCCAAUGCUAGAGGAUUUACACAUAUAUAUGCUACAUUAUGAUCAUUUUGGGUCGGUUUGUAAGGAAAGGUUUAAAAUCUUACCCAAAUUGGUGUGGGCAGAUAUCUGGGUUGUUGGUAUGGAAAUUAUGGAUGGUAAUGAUGUGAAUGUUCUUCUGAAAACAAUAUCUAAUGUGAAGUUUUUGAGCAUUUCACAGUUUCAAGUUAAUGAUGCGGUUCCUGAAUUUCCUCAUUUAAGAGAUUUGACCCUCUUAUUGGAGUUUCAUAGCUGGCAUUCGGUGCUUUUGAUGCUAAAGAGUUGCCCCAAGCUUCAAAGUUUUGAAUUUGAUGGAAUUUUUAAAGCUAUGAAUUUUCUACCUUACCCUCAUUUUGUUCCUGAUUGUCUUACUGAAAGUUUAACGAAGUGCCAUCUCCGUUAUCACCAAGGCACAAAAAAUGGCCUACAACUUGCAAAAUAUAUUUUGCAGAAUUCAACAUAUUUACAGGUCUUGAAAAUUGGUCAUGCUUUACAUAAUCCAGCUGAAGUGCUGAAGGUGUUAGCUUUGUGCCCAAGGAAAUCUGCAUCGUGUGAACUUUCAUUUAUUAGAUAGUCCUUGGAUUGGAACUCUAUACGAGGAUGCUGCAGAAAAAAAAAUGCAUUUGGAGGAUGUGACGCUUCUGAAUACAAUAUUUAGUGUUGAGAAUCUGAAAUACAUUUGUUAUCCUGGUGAUCCAUCAUCUGCUAUCCAUGUGAGUAUGUGACUAGGAAGUGACGUUUAGAUCGCAAGAAGAAACAAUCAGAAAGAAACAUCCCUUAUGUAAUCUUCUUAGAAUGAAAUAUUGGAAUAAUUCUCAGAUUUCUUUUCUCUGAAUUCUCUGUUUAGUGUUUAUUGUUCUUCAAUACUGAAUUGCUCAAUGAGAUAGUGCAAGAGUAGCUCAUAUAUAGACUAGUUACUAACUUA